AUGAAGCACUUAGCUAAAUUUCGUACCGAAAACAAAAUUCGUCAACAAAAGUAUCGAGAAAAUAAAAAAAAUUGUUUUGUUAAUAAACCUCCAAGUUCAUUCAAAAGUCGUCAAUCAUUUAGUAAAGCUUUAAAAAAAACAAAUUCUUUACUUCCAAAAUGUGAUAAAAAGAAAAAAGUUAUCAUUCAGCACCUUGCUGAAACAUUUGGUUUGAUUCCUAAAUCUAAACAUCAACGUACUACAGUUCAGCUUGCUGACAAACUAAAAAAUGACGUUCAUAAUUUCUAUUUACGAGACGAUAUUUCAUAUCAAUUACCAGAAUUUCAAUACGAAAGAACAAGACGAGAUCAUUGGGACACGAAACCGUGGAGUAUAUUUACCGCUUUUUUGUGGUCAAAAGGUGAAAAUUUUUCUUUUGUUCUACCAUCGUUAGAUGUAACACACGAUAAAUUUGUUGUUGAUUCUGCUUUGAAAAUCGUUUUAAAUCAUAUCGAAACAGUUCCAAAUGUUGAAGAAAUAAAUUGUUUUUCGGAUGGUGCUGCUUCUCAGUUUAAACGUUUACAUUUUCGAAAUUUAACACGAAUUGCUAAAGAACGAAAAAUAAAUUUGAGUUGGCAGUUUUUUGCAACUGCUCAUGGUAAGAGUGUAGUUGAUGAAAUUGGAGGUACUGUAAAACGUCUUGUGUGGUCAGCUAUACUGGUAGGAGGAGUAUGUCGAUCAGCUGAAGAUUUUAUUACACUUGCAAAGAAAAAAACUCAGAAAAUAAUUUUGAUUGAAAUCACGAGAAAUGAUAUUGAUAGUUCGAAAACUAAACUUGAAAAUCUUUUCAAAACGGCAAAAUCUGUUCCAGAAACAUUAAAAAUGCAUUCAGUUAAAGUGGUUGAUGAAGAUGAAUUAGACUUUCGUUAUUAUUCGACGUGUUCUCAGAAAAAAACUAUAACAUAUUGA